UAGAACGGAUUUGCACUGAAGGAUUUUGCAGGACUAGUACCGGGAUUGCAAACCAUGCCUUACUUUUUAAAAACUAUGUUGAUUCUCUGCUGCCUGACUCUGGUUGCAGAAAGCAGGAAGCACAGGAAGAGACGGUGGAUUCCUCUGGGUGAUCACCAUAAACGGAGCAAUCCUAUAUUAAGAAGGAGUCCAGAUUUAACCAAAUAUCGUUUACCAAAGUCUGAACAGCUUCUUAGAGUGGAUGAUCAUGAUUUCUCAAUGAGACCUGCAUUUGGUGGCCCAUCAAUACCUGUUGGUGUGGAUGUGGUGGUGGAAAGUUUGGACAGUAUUUCUGAGGUGGAUAUGGAUUUCACCAUGACCUUGUAUUUGCGGAAUUACUGGAAAGAUGAGCGUCUGGCUUUCCCCAGCAGAAACAAUAGAAGUAUGACAUUUGAUGGCAGGCUUGUCAAAAAGAUCUGGUCCCCGGAUGUGUUUUUUGUUCACUCUAAACGCUCGUUCAUCCACGACACAACCACAGAUAACAUAAUGUUACGUGUAUUUCCAGAUGGCAACGUGCUGUACAGUUUGAGGGUUACAGUGACAUCAAUGUGUAUCAUGGAUUUCAGCCGUUUCCCCCUCGACACUCAGACUUGUUCUCUGGAACUUGAGAGCUAUGCUUAUACUGAAGAUGACCUCAUGCUGUAUUGGAAGGAUGGGAAUGAAUCAUUGAAGACAGAUGAGAAGGUAUCCCUGUCUCAGUUUCUCAUACAGAAAUUUCAUACUACCUCUAGACUGGCUUUCUAUAGCAGUACAGGUUGGUACAAUCGUCUGUACAUCAAUUUCACGCUGCGUCGCCACAUUUUCUUCUUUUUGCUACAAACCUACUUCCCAGCGACGCUGAUGGUCAUGCUCUCCUGGGUAUCCUUCUGGAUCGAUCGCCGAGCCGUGCCAGCCAGGGUUUCACUGGGUAUAACAACAGUUCUAACCAUGUCCACCAUCAUCACUGGUGUCAAUGCUUCCAUGCCAAGGGUGUCAUAUAUCAAAGCUGUGGAUAUUUACCUGUGGGUUAGUUUUGUGUUCGUCUUUCUCUCUGUGUUGGAGUACGCUGCUGUGAACUAUUUGACCACAGUUCAAGAGAGGAAGGAAAGAAAAGCCAGGGCAAAGUGGCACUGCACCUGUGGAUUAUCCAACGCAAAGACAAUGUUGUUAGAUGGUAAUAUGAGUGAAGCUGACGUUCACAGCCUGGCUGGAUACACAAAAACACAGAUAAUCAGUGACGAGACAGACAAAGACAGGAUGUUGGUUCACUUAUCCAUUGGCAGUGAAUCAAAUUCACAGAAAAAGAAACGCAUCCGAGAAUUUGUCGGCAUGCGAAUCAUUCAGAACACCCAUGCUAUUGACCAAUAUUCCAGACUGAUAUUUCCAGCGUCUUUUAUACUUUUUAACUUUGUGUACUGGUGUGUGUAUGCAUAAAUUAUUUUAUUAGGCAUUUUCUUGAACAAAUUUAUUGCUCUAUAGCCAAAAUAAAC